GAAUACAAAUGGAGAUACUUCAAAGUCAGAAUAUACAGACAUAUCAAAUAUAAAUACAAAGUUACCAAAAGAUGAUAUAGAACCAUCAAAUCUUAAUACUGAUUUAACGAAUGUGGACAUUCAGACACAGAGUGAAACUCUCAAUUCUUCAAGGGGAACUUUCACUUUUAAUAAUAGUCAAAACAAUAUUGAACAAUUGUCUAUUGAAAGUGUUUCAAAGAACGCCUCAACUAGCAACGUAGAGCUCCUUCCUCAAGCAAAUGCAACCUCCGUCUCUACCAUUCCCACUGUGUCUACAGCUUCAACAUCAACAAGUGCCAAAAUGACGAAGAUCGAAAAAUCUGAAAUUAAACCAGAUAUAACAUUAAACAUCCCAGUGAGUACCAACAGCCAAGCAUUUAGCAUACUGACCAAUUUUAUGAAACCUAUUCCAGCAAUGAUGUCAUCUGGUACACCUGGAGAGGUUUUACUGAAGCCUUUACAGACAGGAGUCUCCUCGACUACUCCAGUUAUGCCCAAAAGGCGAGGAAGACCAUUGGGUGCAACAGGUAGCAAAAAAGUUACAUUAAAUAAUGGCACAUUUGGCCAGUUGCAGAGUUCAGUUCCUCUUAGUUCCAUGCAAGGAAAUGUAAAUUUAGAGACCUUGAAAACUGCCCUUCAGUCAGGAUCACCCAAUAACAGAGUGAACGUUAGAGGCUCAGAUACGAAUCAAGUACAGUUGAAAGAACCUGAAACUCCACAGUUUAGCCCAGAAUUGCCUAACCCCACUGGUUCCAAUAACCCAAUCCAAAUGGGGAAUUUCCUUGUUACUGGAAUGAAAAACAUUAGUAAUCAUGAGAAUCACACACCAGACAUGUUCGUUGAUGAAGAUCAAUCGGAAUUGACUGUAGCUGAAGAGGAAGUGAUCACAGAAAAACCAAGUCGGAAAUCAGAAGUCGAGGAAUUAUUGCUACGGCGUCAAAACUCAGAGCUCAUAGAUACAGGAAACUGGAAUGAACAACUUCAAGAUCACAAUUAUUUUCUUACUAAGCAAUCUUAUAUAACUAAAAAGACAUUAGAACAGAUUGAUGCAAGAACUAGACGAAUAGGUGAAGAAGAACACAUUCAAUCGAGAACCAAAAGCAUGACAUUUUUUGGCAGACCAGAAAAGAAUAAAAAAGAACGGAAUAUUACGUAUGACAUGGAAGACCCAAGAAAUAAUCGUGAAGUGAUCAAACGUAAAACAUCAGACGGUAAAAAGCGUAAAUAUAUUAGGAGGAAACCUCUGAAAUCUGAGCUAAGAGCUAUAGCAGAGUUAUCUAAGACUAUGAAGCAAGAGAAUGAGAUGGAACUUGAAGAGGAUGGGGUAUCGUACCCCCCUGUAUCUCAGUUUGACUCAUCCGUUGAUGAUGCCAGCUUUGACAGUUCCAAGGAAGAGGGAGCAAUGGACUUCGAUUCAUCUGGACCCAAAAGCCCAUACAGUCCUUCAAAACAUCGGUCUCCUAGGCUCAAAAAUAAAAGCUAUGUCAAAAUCACUGGAAGCUUUCAGGACAAUUUUGUUUAUUUCGCUACUACAAAAAAGCGAGAGAGUAAACGUAAACUUGGAAAGGCACCUGAAGGCUCUCAAAUAGAAGGGGCCCCAACAAAUAUCAAAUUGAAUGACAAUGAAAGUUUGAUUCCAACACAGAUGCAUCUUCUCCAAGAUCUACAAUACUACAAAGAAAAAUUCAUGGCAUCUCAGCUGGAGAAAAAAGCUCAACUUGAGUCUCCAGUCCCACAGCUAUAUGAUAUUCCAAUGCCCAAUAAUAUUGCCUCAGCCUCAGAUGUACCGGAUGCAGUUACUAGUGAAAUUGUAGAGGAAACCAUCAUGGAUGAUUCCAGCUAUAUUAACCUAGGUGACCAGUUCACGAAUCGACCUCAAGAUGGCCUUGGUGGAAUUGAUCUUGAAUCUCUUGGUUUAAGUCUCACACAGGAACAGGUCACCCAGGUUAUGAGUGCCAUAUCUUCAGAUCCAAAUCUUCUUGAGCAAAUGGGAGAACAUUCUCAGGUUAUGAGCCCAAUAGAGCAACAAAUUGGAGAUCAAUCCCAAGUGAUGAGCCCUUUAGGAGAGAGCAUGGGAGAACAUUCCCAAGUGAUGAGCCCUAUGGGGUCACAAAUGGGAGAACAUUCACAGGUGAUGAGCCCCAUGUCAUCACAAAUGGGAGAAAAUUCCA